AUGUCUGACUCCUCUUCUUCAGACUCGAGUUCCUCGUCUGAAGAGAAGAAGAAGAAAAAGAAGGACAAGAAGAAAAAGGACAAAAAGAAAGACAAGAAGAAGAAGAAGGAGAAGGACAAAAAGAAGAAAAAGGAUAAGAAGGACCCCUACUCCAAGACUGCCCAAGAGAAGGCCCGCUUGGAAGCACAACAGCGGCUCAUGGGAAUUGACACCAACAAGAAGGCCAAGAAGAAGAAAAAAAAGAAAUCCUCCUCCUCGGAGUCCAGCGGCUCUGAGUCGGAGAAGGUGCGGAAGAUGCAGGACCUACUGGAUGACCAGACAAUGAAGCGAGAAGAGGAGUUAGCUGAGGAGGCCGAGAAGGCUACAGAGCCGGUUCCCGAGAAGUCCUGGGAGGAGAUGACCUGGUCCGAGCGCGCGGCUGAUGCAGCGCAGAAAGCCGAGGCUCAGGCCGUGUGGAAAGGUGCCUCCAGAGCAGAUGCACGCCGAGCCGCAGCCAGGGCCAGUGAGGAAGUGCUCCUCCACGCGGUCGAUGAUGGCUUCGUUCAGACAGUACCACAGCGGGCAAAGUUCAAUGCUGCCACUGGGUACCUGAGCAGCCCCAAAACGUGGCCAUUGAAGACUCUUGCGCAGACUGCCGUGAAGACAUUAAUGAGUGCACCUGGCUUUGGUGCAGCCGCUGCACUUGGGGCGACUCUGAAGACUCCGGUCAUCGUUUCCGGAAGAGGAGCCAGGCUGUCCUUGCUGCCAGUCAUUUGGUUCAAAGUCCACAACGCUAGGUUGCAGAGGAGGCUGGAGAGCAAGACGGCCGUAGGCGAUCCGUUUCUGAAUCACAAACCGAUAGAUUUGCAUGUGAUACCUGACUUCCACUUGGCACUGGCGGCAGUUCCAAGUGCUGCCGGCAUGUUCAAGGACAUCAAAGCUGCGCAGCCUGCAAACAUCCAGGCCAUUCUCGACAGCCUCUUGCCUGAGCGUGCCGCCCAUGAGACAGGUCCUUCCGAGGCAUUUGCAGAGAAGGCUCGGCUGAUCGUCGCGAAAACGGCCGGCUGCGCAGGCUAUGCCAAGAAGCUCCUCGACUCGCCCUCCAAGACCGUCAGCUUCUCAGCGGCCACUGAAGGACUCCUGAAGCCGGAAGAUGCCCGGGCUUCCUUCCUGUCCAGCGACACCAGCCGCAAGAUGAAGAAGUUCUUGCUGAAGUGCGACGCUUUGAAAUCGGACAAAGAGGUCCUCGAGCACGCUUUCGAGCUUUUUGGUGCCAAGGACAAGGAGAUGUUUUGGCCACUGCUGGCACGGGCGGACACCGAGGAGCUUCUGGAAGAGUACUUGGAAGAUGACAAGCCCAUGCAUGACUGGCUCAGCUCCAAGAACCAGGACAAGGUACCGGGAUUGCCACAGCUAGCUCGCCGCUUCCCUGCCUACAUGGUCAAGAUGGUGACCAGCGGGGUGCUGAAGUGGAGAUGGUACUGGGUCAAGGAGAUCCUGGAAAAGGAUCCAAUGAUGGUGCUUCGUGCCGUCAUCGUCGAAGGGCAUGAACAGGGCUCUGGACCCAAGAAGGGCUAUUCCCCGAUGUCCAAGAACCAGGUCCUUGUGGCUUCAUCAGGCAAGGUUGACAAAAGCAUCUGCGUUCCUCAGCUCGCAGAUGCUGCUGUGCGGGCAGAUGUUCACUGGGUUUUGCCCAUUAGACUCAUUUGGCACCCUGAGCAGAACAAGCAUGUCAUGAGCAGGAAUGCCAAGGGUGGCACUUUCCGCAGCAAGGGCCGCGGGAAGGGCAUGGUCCUCAUGAAAGGCAAAGGCUCCCAAAGUGAUCUGGGACUCCCCGGCCGCGAGCAAGUGCAGCGACUGGCGAACGAGCUGAUGGAUGUCACCUCCACGCGCAACGCUAUGACGACGAACAAGAAGAUCGCGAUGCUCAUGAAGAUCUGGGAUACUCUUCCGGGCACCCACAAAGUAGCACGGAUGGCACAGAUGUUCGGGGAGCUUCUGCCCAGCUUUGCCUCCGAUGAGCACCGGCAAGGAGAGAUCUCCAACCUGAUUGCAGCCUUCUGGAAGAUGCUUCAGGACGUGGGCCGAUCGGACCGUCAAGAUCUUCUGGUGGGACCACUUGUGGCCUCCGGGCCACAAGGAGAAAAGCGACCUACUGGCAUCACGGAGUUCUUUAAGCUCUUCGUGAGGCGUUUGCCACCGCCUCUGGCAGUGACGCAGCUUUUCAAGAUCCUGGAGGAGUUCGAGGCUGGCACGCCGGCCUACAAGUUCGUGCAGAGUGACAUCUGCAAGUCCAGCAAUGGUAGACAUGAUGACCUCAUGAAGAGUGUCUUCAAGAAAUACUUGCUGAAAGAAGACGAGGGCCCAGUGAAGGCAGCGGAGAUGUUCCAGGUCCUGCUGAAAGAUGCCCGAUCCCGAGACAUCAUCCAGACCUCCUACGACACUCUCCUGGAGCACCUGGAAGGCACCCUCUUGAAGCUCGGGCACCUGCUUGCUUGCAUGGGACCACCAGACCUCUCAGGGGCCUGA